CUAGAAGCUUACCUAGGUAUUUAGCAGUUACAGGAACUAGGGCCAAGACGACAAUAACGCGAACUACAGCCAUCUUCUCUCGAUCGUUUGCCCGCCUUGAGCCCGCUCCUCGCUGUUGAAGCUGUUUACCUAGGGGGCUUCGCGCCCCCAUAGCAUCAAUUCUUGCCGGCCUAGGUGCAUCUCGCUAACAUGGCAGCAGACGGCAGCGCCAUCGUUCACACCGUGGGCAGCAAGGUCUGGAUCAAGGAGGAAAAGGAGGCAUGGAUCAAAGGAGAGGUCAUCAAGGUGGAGGAUGACUUCCUCGUGGUGAAGGCAGAGGCCUCUGGCGCGGAGGUCAAGUGCAAGUCGGAGGACGCGCCGUUGCAGAACCCGCACAACAACCGUGGCGUGGAUGACAUGACGACGCUCUCCUAUCUGCACGAGCCCGCUGUGCUGUGGAACUUGAACACGCGCUAUGCGUACGAUGACAUCUACACCUACACGGGGACGAUUCUCAUCGCCAUCAACCCCUUCGCGGCCCUGCCUCACCUCUAUGGGGAGCACAUGAUGAACCAAUACCGCGGCGUGGAAAUUGGCGACUACGCACCGCACGUGUACGCUAUAGCAGACGCUGCGUAUCGCCAGAUGCGCAAGGAGGGGAAAGGACAGAGCAUCCUGGUGAGCGGCGAGUCCGGUGCCGGUAAGACGGAGACCAGCAAGCUAAUCAUGAAGUACCUCGCGUACAUGGGAGGCUACACGGACGCGGGCGAGGCGACCGGCAGCGGCCGCAGCGUGGAGGAGCAGGUGCUGGAGUCGAACCCGCUGCUGGAGGCGUUCGGUAACGCCAAGACGACGCGCAACAACAACUCCUCGCGCUUCGGCAAGUAUGUGGAGAUUAACUUCAACGAUAAGGGCGUCAUCAGCGGCGCCGCGAUCCGCACCUACCUGCUGGAGCGCUCGCGCGUGGUGGCCAUCAACAACCCCGAGCGCAACUACCACAUCUUCUACCAGCUGACCGACGGUGCCAGCGCGGAGCAGCGGACGCAGUGGCGGCUGAAGACGGCGCAGGAGUACCGCUACCUGAACCAGUCCACCUGCUUUCAAUUGCCCGGCACCGACAACGCGGAGGACUUCAAGCGCACCAUCUACGCCAUGGAGCGCGUGGGCAUCCCCACCGCGGACCAGGACGCCAUCUUCCGGACCGUAGCGGCCAUCCUGCACCUGGGCAACAUCCAAUUCAGCGCCGGGCCGGAGGACAGCUCGCUGGUGACGCCCGCCACGGAGGACGAGCUGGACGCCACGGCUGCGCUGCUGGGCGUGGAGAAGGAGGGGCUGCGCAAGGCGCUGACCACGCGCGUGCGCCAGACGCCGGAGGGGCCCAUCGUGUCGCCGCUGGACGCGCGCGCGGCUGGCGAGACGCGCGACUCGCUGGCUAAGAUCAUCUACGCAAAGAUGUUCGACUGGCUGGUGGGCAUGAUCAACUCGGCCAUCGGCGAGGACAAGAACUGCGCGGCGAGCGUGGGUGUGCUGGACAUUUACGGCUUCGAGCAGUUCCAGUACAACGACUUUGAGCAGUUCUGUAUCAACCUGGCCAACGAGAAGCUGCAGCAGCACUUCAACCAGCACGUGUUCAAGAUGGAGCAGGCGGAGUAUGAGCGCGAGCAGAUCGAUUGGAGCUACAUCGAGUUCGUGGACAACCAGGACGUGCUGGACCUGAUUGAGGGCAAGCUGGGUAUCCUGGACCUGCUGGAUGAGGUCUGCCGCUUCGUGGAGGCCAAGGGCAAGGACUUUGCGGAGAAGCUGUACACCUCCGGCACCUGCAAGGACUCGCGCCGCUUCAGCAAGCCCAAGACGUCCGUCACGCAGUUCAUCAUCGACCACUACGCCGGCCCCGUCAAGUACGACACCGCCAACUUCCUGGACAAGAACAAGGACUUUGUGGUGCCUGAGCACCAGGCGCUGUUGUGCGCCUCCACCCAGUCCUUCACCGCGCAGCUGUUCGCGGAGGCCGCGGCGGAUGCGGACUCGGCGCCGCCGGCGCCCGGCCGCCGCGGCGGCGCCACCAAGGGCACCAAGUUCAACUCGGUGGGCAGCCAGUUCAAGAAGCAGCUGGCGGAGCUGAUGGUGCAACUGCACGCCAUGGAGCCGCACUACAUCCGCUGCAUCAAGCCCAACGAGAGCGCGCAGCCGAGCGUGUUCGAGAACAAGAACGUGCUGCACCAGCUCAAGUGCGGCGGUGUGAUGGAGGCGGUGCGCAUCAGCUGCGCCGGCUUCCCCUCCAAGCGCCCCUACGGCGAGUUCGUGGACCACUUCUGGCAGCUGGCGCCCGACCUGCUCAAGACGGACGCGGACGAUAAGGCCAUCACCAAGGCCAUCCUGGCCAAGACGAACGUGGGCGGCUACCAGCUGGGUCUGUCCAAGGUGUUCAUGCGUGCCGGCCAGAUGGCCCAGCUGGACAAGAUGCGCACGGACACGCUCAACGCCGCCGCCAUCACCAUCCAGCGCUUCGCCCGCGGCGCGCUCGCGCGGCGCCACUUCAUCGCGGCGCGCUCCGCGGUGCUCACCAUCCAGUGCGCCAUGCGCGCCUGGGCCGCGCGCAAGCUCACGUCGCAGAUGCGCCGCGAGAAGGCCGCGCUCACCAUCCAGCGGCUGUGGCGCGGCUACACGGCGCGCACCACCUAUCUGGAGCAGCGCCGCCUCAUCAUGGCGGUGCAGUCCAUGUUCCGCGGCCGCAACGCGCGCCAGCGCCUCACGCAGCUGCGCCGCGUGCGCGCCGCCAUCACCAUCCAGAAGCGCUGGCGCGGCUUCCAGGCGCGCCGCGACUACCAGCAGACGCGCAAGGCGGCCAUCGCCAUCCAGAGCGCGCACCGCGUCAAGGUGGCGCGCAAGGCGCUGCGCUCGCUGCGGCAGCAGGCGCGCGAGGGCACCAAGCUGCUGGAGGACAAGAAGGCGCUGGAGACCAAGGUGGCGGAGCUGCAGAGCAUGCUGGAGACGGUGCAGAACCAGCGCAACGAGCUGCGCCAGCAGGUCAAGGCCGAGCUGGCGGCCCGCGCGGAUCUGGAGCGCAGCGUGGAGGAGAUGAAGGCGGAGCUGGAGGUGGUGAGCCGCGGCAAGCUGGAGGAGGCCACGGCGGCGCUGGCGGCGGAGACCGUGAACCGGGAGAAGCUGGACGAGGAGCUGCGCGGAAUCAAGGAGCGCAUGACGGCGUCGGAGGAGGCCGCCAAGGCCAAGACGGCGGAGAUGGCCACCGCGCUGAAGAAGGCGCAGGACUACAUCGGCCAGCUCAUGAACGAGCGCGGCCAGAUCGACAAGAAGUUCCACGAGAUGAAGUCCGACCUCAUCACGCGCCUGCAAAACGCCUGCGCGCAGCGCGACGAGGCGCGCGGGCGGGUGCUGGAGCUGGAGGACCUCAUGUCCAAGCAGAGCGAGGCGCUGCAGUCCAAGGAUCGCGAGAUUGCCGCGGCCACUGCUGCGGCGAGCGCCGCGGCAGCGGUGCAGGCCGUGCAGUCCGCCACCGCCGCGGCUUCCCCGGGCCCCGCAGCAGCGGCCGGCGCGCACGUGCCACCCACCUCGGCUGCCAGCACCAUGCAGAGCAUGCUGCAGAAGCUGCAGGCGAACGCGCCAGGCGUCGCGCGCAACAUGGCGGACAACAUCAGCGGCCUGUUCAAGGACGGCGCGCCGGUUCGGCCACGCGGCGAGGGCGAGGAGAUGCGGACGCCAAGCAUCAGCGGUGUGCCGGGCGCUCACCCCACGCCCGAGAGCGAGGCGGACCGCCGCAUGCGCGAGGCGCAGCUCAAACAGGUGGCGAUGCUGGCGGAGAAGCGGAAGGCGGAGGAGGACAAGCUGCUCAACGCGCUCAUGGCGCCGCUGCCCACCGCCGGACCCAGCGGCACGGGGCUGCCGGAGGGUGUGGUGCCGGGCAUGGGCUUCCACAAGGGGCGUCCCGUGGCGGCGAUCGUCAUCUUCCGGUAUUGCCUCCACUCGCGCGCGUUCCAGGCCGACCGCACCGCCAUCUUCGACCGCAUCGUGUCCGUCGUCGGCCAGCAGGUGGAGAAGGGGCAAGAGGACAACAACUGCCUCGCCUACUGGCUGUCCAACACCGUCACGCUGCUGCACAUGCUCAACAAGAACAUCAAGCCGGCGUCGGGCGGCCUGAGCAAGGCGCGCGCCACCGGCGCCUCCGCCACGGUCGCCAACGCCACGCGCUCGGUGUUCGGCGCCAUGUUCGGCAGUCGCAGCGGCGCCUCACCCAGCGGCCUGGCGCACGCAGAGGCGUCCAUCCACGGCGGCGGCGUGGGUGGCUUCAAGCAGGUGGAGGCCAAGUACCCGGCGCUGCUGUUCAAGCAGCAGCUGGACGCGUUCGUGCAGAAGAUUUUCCCCAUGAUCCGUGACAACGUGCGCCGCGAGAUCUCGCCCAUGCUCAGCAACUGCAUCCACACGCCCAAGCAGCACGGCCGCACCGCCGCGCGCCCCGGCGCCGCGGCGCCGGCUGGCGCGGACAAGGCGGCUGCGGGCGCUGCGGGCCAGCAAUCGCACAAGUCGUGGACGGACAUCCUGCACGUGUUCGACACGCUGCUCGCGACGGUGAAGAGCAACAACGUGCCGAAGGUGCUGGUGCAGGCGCUGUUCAAGCAGCUCUUCCGCUUCGUCAACGUGCAGCUCUUCAACCAGCUGCUGCUGCGCCGCGAGUGCUGCUCGUUCAGCAACGGCGAGUACGUGAAGACGGGGCUGGAGCAGGUGGCGCACUGGAUCAACGGCGCGGGCGCGGACUACAUCGCGGACUCGUGGGAGGAGCUCAAGUUCCUGCGGCAGGCGGUGACGUUCCUGGUGAUCGGCAACAAGCCCAAGAAGAGCCUGGAGGAGAUCACGAGCGACCUGUGCCCGGUGCUGUCCAUCCAGCAGCUGUACCGCAUCUCCACCAUGUACUGGGACGACAAGUACAACACGGAGACGGUAUCGCCCGAGGUGCUGGGGCGCAUGAAGCAGGCCAUGGUGGACAGCAACAGCAGCACGUCGCACUCGUUCCUCCUGGACGACGACUCCAGCCUGCCCUUCCAGGCGGCGGAGCUACUCGCCAACAUGGACGACAAGGACUUGUACGGCGGCAUCCCGGUGCCGGACGUGCUGUCGGAGGGCGACGGCGCCGCAUCCUUUGCCUUCCUGGAGAAGGAGCUGCGCUUUGCCGCGCCCGCGCCCGCCUAGCGGGGCAGCAGCUUUGGCACCGGAGCAAAUGGCGGCGGUGCAGGUAGUGGUGAUGCAAACGCGCACAACGGUCGCGAGCGGCGGCGAGCGGCCGCUGGGCGAGGGAGCAGAGCGAGCGAGCUGUCAGCGGCUGCAGAGCUGCGGCAUUGCACUGCCGCUGUGGCGGGCUUGGCCCGUGCGCUUUAGCGCAGGGCACAGGCUGUACGAACACCCGGUUCAUGUAGCUGGCUUGCAGCGGUGUGUGCAGGAGGGGUGCAGCAGGACCGCUUCAGGUACAAAGAGGUGUGACUGAUUCAAGCGCUAGUAGGCAUGGCAGUGGGCAUGGUCAGCGUGUGGAGAACCGCAGGGGCAGGGCCGACGGCCCGGCGUGGCAGGGACGCCAUCUGCGUUACGCGGCCGAGAGGCUGCAGCUACUAAAACUGUGACAAAUGACGGAGCUGUGCUCGUUUAGGCCGCAUUAAUGUUUCGCUACGGCUAGGGAUGGUCGUGACCUAGGUGUGUCGUGAUGUGAUGCAGCGGUAUGCGGAAGGGGUACGUGCAUAGGCGCACACAGGUGGCUUCACCAGUGCAAACGGUGACGGGAGGGGUGGCUCGCGACAACAGUGUGGUACGUAUGUCGUGCGAAGGGCAAGCAAGGCGGGGCUUGCAAGGCUGCAAGUGUAAACGGCUUCCUGG